AUGAGACACCGCAUCAGCAAAAAGCACGAAAUGCAGAAGAUAGAGGUGGAAUUCAUCAAUCAGUCUAUGGAUCGGCUUAACCUCCCCGCCAACACAGAUGAGCUAGCCAGACAGACUCUUGUCCGUAUAUUUCGCGAGCUUAAGCUUUCCCCUAGUUCAGAUACCGAAGAAAAACAGGUGUGGAUGGUUGACCAGGAGAGUAUGAGCGUUCAGAUGCCGGAACACUUUGAGCAACUGAUGACCGACAUCGCCCUUGUAUACUCCACUGAAGAUUCCAAGUCAAGCUCGAUCCGACCCAAAGCGGACGGGGUUCUGUUGCACCUGUCGGCUAUCGUGAGGAGGAAGAAGGAUCAACUUUACGCUGAUUCAUCACUGCCCAGUCAUCACAUUCACGCAGCACCGUACUGGCAUUUCCAGACAACAACCACUGGAUCUGAUGAUCUGGCUUUCAAGGCAUCGGUGGACUACGUUCUGUGGUAUGGAGCAUGUGGAGAUUGGGACACAAACUUGGCGGUAGUUCGAAGCAGCGGUCUACUGGAUGACGAAUGCUGGGCAGCUCUUCCGAGCAUGUCGGUCGUUUAUGCCGCCCGAAAAGCAAGAAAGUAUAAGGGUGGCAUCUAUGGAGUCUGUACCGAUAGCCACACUUGGACCUUCUUGCACCUCAGCGACAGAGGCCGUAGCGCGAGAGCAGGACCCGAAAGCUCGGGAGCGAAUAAGAGAUGA